AUGCGACAUGGCAAACGCAAGCGAAUUGACGAAGAAAUCUGUUUCCACGAAGCGCACAAUCUAUGCUGGCUUCUGCCGUUCUUGGGACUGCUAUGCUUGCUAGGACCUGCCGUGCUUUACACUGACUACAGUCUUCUAGCACUCCGCAAAGCUUGGACCAUCAAGGAGCUCAAGGCGCUUCGCCACUUCAAAGUUCUGGGCCCCGCGGAGCACGACGGGGAUAUCACUCGGGCCAAGGUGGAGUGGGUGAACGAUGAGACCUCGGAGGAGGACGUGAAGCUUGCUGAGACGCUGGUUCCGCUGGUGGAUGAAUGGACCGCAACCCUCAUGGAGAUGGGCAAAGAGCGGUACGACGGCCAGCUGUCCGACAUCUUGAAGGACCUGGGCGACAUGCCAGAAGCAAAAGCACCGGGCGAGCUGGCAAUUUGGGUGGCUGCGCUGGUCAACCCCAUUCCAGCCCUAGGCGUGGCCUACGAAAUUCGGCCCGCGGUGCUUUCGGCCUCAAGCGUCCGAGAGCGAUUGGAAGUGGCCAUUGAGGGCAUCCGGGGGAGCAUCGACCAUAUCAGUGGAAAGCGGAAGCUGUUCUGA